AUGACCGUGCCCCGCUAUGUUGAAAUUGCCGUGAACCUCGGCGACCCAAUGUUCCGAGGCGUAUAUCAUGAGAAGAAAAAACAUCAAGAUGACCUCGAGAAUGUGCUCCAGCGUGCGACAGAUGCCGGCGUCGAGGCGCAGAUUAUUACAGCCGGCUCGCUGAGCGAGACGCACGACGUGCUUGAGCUUGUAAAGUCGCGCGCCGGCUUGUACGGUACUGCUGGCUGCCACCCCACCCGGAGUACUGAGCUGGAUACGUACAAAGGCGGCCCUAGUGCGUACAUGGCCGCCCUCAAGUCGCUCGUCGACGCGCACCACGGCAAAGAAGGACGAAUCGUCGCAAUCGGCGAGUGUGGGCUCGACUAUGACCGUUUGCACUUUGCGCCCGCCGAGGCACAGAAGCGCUCGUUUGACCUGCAGCUGACGCUCGCCGAGCAGACGGGCCUCCCUCUCUUUUUGCACUCGCGCGCCGCCCAUGCCGACUUUGUCGCUGCGCUGCGCCCUCACCUCGGUGCACUGCGCAGAGCGUGGGGCGCGCCGCCCGAGCCGUCGGCAGACGGGCCGGGAUGCGUCGGCGUCGUGCAUAGCUUCACCGGCACCUCGGACGAGCUGCACGAGCUCCUAUCGCUUGGACUCUAUGUCGGUGUCAAUGGCUGCUCGCUCAAGACGCAGGAGAACCUCGACGUGGUCAAGCAGAUUCCCCUGCACCGCAUCAUGCUCGAAACGGAUGCGCCCUGGUGCGAUAUUCGACCUACACACGCGUCCGCUCCCUAUCUCGACCAAUUUCGAAAGUCGGAGCCCUCGCUCGCAGCGCUCUACUCCCCCGCCAAGGUCAAGCCGGAAAAGUGGACGGCGUCCUCGGCGGUGAAAGGCCGCAACGAGCCCUGCCAGAUCGGGGAGGUUGCUGCUGUUGCCGCGGCCCUCCACCAGAUCGGGCUCGAAGACCUCGCGGGGCACGCCUAUAUAAACGCCACCCGUUUGUUCCGCCUCUCGUAG